GGGCAUCAAAAUGGUGGGAAAGGGGCCAGUCCUGGGAGACUGGAACCCCCAAAAAGGGAAACACCUGGAAAGAACACUACAAGAACCUGCCAAUAACAGGAUGUCAUUUUUAGCACCUAAACAUUCAGUGCUAGAGUUUAAGCUGGUGCGACCAGUAAAUCCCUACUGCCAUGAACCCUAUAAAAACAUGGUGUGGGAACCAAAACCUUAUAUAAACCGGAUCAUAAAGGUAACUUCACUGGAUGGGAUGAUGAUCAAGUGUUCCUGGGGAACACAAGAUAUGGAGAUCAAAGAGUGGAAUGUCAACCCCACCCCUAGUGUUUACACCAUGUUGGGAAAAACACCCCACAUUUCUGUAGGAGGAGAGGAUAAGAAGGAGAUGGAUGGUAGUAGACUAGUGCUUUAUUCUUUGUUAUUCUGA